CGGCAUACGGUCAGUAGACGCCGUAAACGCCGCUUUUCCAUCUCCGUAACGCCGUCUUCGUCGUUGUCCCGUCUCGUAGUCUCGUACAUUACGGCAAAGCGCAUACAAGAAUAAUUCAUUUCGGUAUCGUUCGGGUCCUUGACCGUUUUAGAGUCGCCGGACCCCUCGCAGUGUCGCCUGUCCAUGACCGUUGUUGUCGCCGUCGACCAGUCGCCGCAAUUCCAACGGGAGCAGCAGGAAUCUGGCCGGUGGUGGACCCGCGAAGGUGGUGCACAACAAGAGACGCAGCGUCCGCGAGUUUCGAAGGCGGUGAUGCGCGCGGUGACAGCACAGUGCGCAUCUUCGUGUUAUGGGAGCAACGGCGGGCGCGGAGGUCGUCUCCCGUAGAGUCACUGGGUCAUUAUGCCGGUCAGCAGCAGCACAGAGGUACCAGAUGCCAAAUGCUGUUGUAAACACUGUCAAGCGCCGCAAAUAGACACCGAUCGACCGGCGGAGGGGAAAAAUAUGAUUACUCGUCUGGCUCUGACUACGUCCGUAGUACCUAUAUGAUAAUAAUUAAAUUAUACCUAACCCAUUGGCAUCGUUGAGGGGUAGCAGUGCGAAUGUGUCCGAUCGACAUUGAAACGAUAUCGCGGCCGCGGUGAGCUGUUCUGGAAGAUUCAGCUCGACCAAGACCUGGUGGACACCAUAUCAUCUAUUUACCCCGAGUGGUUCCGCCAGCAGCACCAGCAGCAACAGCAGCAGCAACACCGCCACACCAACGCGUUGACCAUGCAGAACAGUAUUUCGCAUCCGUCUCCGCCUUCAGCCGAGGUGGACGAUUCUCCGUUGCAAAAGUCUAUGGACAAGAACAAAGAGUCUCUCAAAGUCAAGUUGAUGUUGAGGAGACCCAUCAAUCAAUUGGUAGCUCAAGGAAUUAUGCCAUGUUUGAAAAGUCCACCAGCUUUCCAUGAACAAAGACAGAAGCUGGAGCGGGCGAAGAUGGGUGAUCUGUUGAAAGCCAAAAUUCAACAGAGGCCCGACAAACAACAGCUGGUCAGACAGCACAUUCUAGAAGACGUCGGCGACGUGGACCGAUCGCUGGCCGAACGUCAGCGCAUGCUAGUCAAGUGCCGCUUAGCAGACUCGCUGAACGCUCAAUUGGCCCACAGGCCCGGCCCGUUGGAGCUGAUCAAAAAGAAUAUACUGCACACGGACGAACCCAUCGAGAGGGCCGUCAAAGAGGGUCAGAUCGAGUUCAAAGCCACUAGCGAAGGACAGAAGAUCAAACCCGAACACCCCGACCAAUACCUGACUUUGGACGAGGACUCGCAGAGUUCUGGCGGUGCCGGCAGCUCUUGUUCGCCACCCCCGCCCCCGCCGCCUCCACCGCCUCUGCCCAACCACAGGCCGGCGUACGAUAUGAUAGAGGCGGCCGCUGCCAACGCCGGUAUCGUUACGUUUGCGCUCCUAUCCUCGCCCCUUGGCUCUUCCACGUCUAGUUUAUCGCCCAUGAGCUCAGUGGCGUCGCCUCCUCCUCCGGUGCCGCCCCCGAUGCCGUCGUCGCUGCCCAUGGUGCACAGCCAGCAGCCGGCUCCCGGUAAGGACAAGAACCGUAAGAAGAGCAAGAGUAAGUCGCAGGCCAAGACCCGGACGAUCAAGUUCCACGAGUACAAGGGUCCUCCCAGUGCGCACAAGAGCCAAAACCAAAACUCCAGUUCGGCUGAAACGUCGUACGAGCUGCUGUUGCAGCAACAACAGCUGUUCUUGCAGUGGCAGUUGGAAUGGCAACAAAAGUAUCCUCAACUCAUACUGCCUGCCCCGCCGCACAAAUCCACAUCCGUGGCAGAACAGUCGUCGAACGUUUCGUCUACUUCGUCGACCACUUCGACUCUGUCGUCUCCCGCCCAGAUGGCCGGCAAUCAGCAGCAACAGUCUCAAACCAUCGAACCCCGAUCGUUGCGGAACCUCGACGACUUGAAAGUGAGCGAUUUGAAAGCUGAACUAAAAAAACGCAAUUUGCCAGUGUCCGGUCCUAAACCGCAGUUGAUCGAGAGGUUACGGUCGUUUGCCGAACACAACUCGGAUUCUUCCAGUAUGAUGUCGCCCGGCAGCCAGUCAAAUCCUAACAGCCCUCCUAGGUCGUCGUCCACGUCGCCUCCGCCACCUCCUCCGCCACCACCACCGCCUCUCCCGUCGUCCGGUAACCAGAAUACGCCCGAAGAGGAUCGUAUCAUACGCGAACAGCAGAGACGCAUCGAACAGCUACAAAAGCAACUGCUCAACUCUCAGCUGCAAUUGCAACAACAGCAGCAGUCCAGGGUACAAACAUUCCAGCCUCAACCGCCGGUCAAUGCCAAAGCAAAUCUGGCAGCUUUCCUUCAGCAGCAGCAGCUGAACCAACUAAAACAACAGAAGCAACAAGUGACCGUGACGACAAAUAAUAAUAAUUUGACGAAGAACAACAACAACGCCAACUCGGACACAAUCAAGAGGCGAAACAGCAAUACGAUAGUGUUGGACAGGGUGCAGGCGGCCAAUAUAUUGAAUCAGUUGGACAGUGGCAAUGGCCAAAGGACGACAUCGCUGCCAAAUUUUUUGGGCACUUUCGUUCAGCCCAACUUGGUUGUAAACAACAACAACAACAACAACACUAGCAACAACAACAACAACGUUAAGACUACGGUUCCGAUCAUCCAAACUGAGUUUAAAGUCGAAGUGAAUGACAUGCCCAUGGUUAUCGAUGAUGUCAAAUUAUUCGACAGCAAACUGACGACCCACGUAACCGACAAAGUGGAUUUGACAGAAACGACCAACAACAAUAAUCAGAAAAUUAAAGAAGAAGACGACAAAGCGUUCAUCGAUAUUGACAGUCUGCCGAUGGUGUUUGACGAUACAAAACUGUUCCAAAACGUGAAUGAACCUCUCGAAGACGGCAGGAACAACGUUUCCAAAAGUCAAAUGAUGGACGACGUGUUGGAGAUACUGAUCAGGAACGGUGAACUGCCAGCCUCGGCUGCACACGACACCGCAGUGUCCAAUGAGAAUACUGCACCGCCCGAAUUUGACAUUCAUAUGGACGAUCCAUUCGCCAUGGAUGUUUGCAACGACGACCUGAUGGAAGUGGACACCGAUUGGCUCGAUUCCUUGGACUUGCCGCCCCCUUCCUCGGAACCGUUGGCCGACCUAUUUAAUGGUGAAGCGCCGGACAGUGAUUUCAAGUUGCCGGCCAACAUGGACUUCCUGUGGGAUCGCAUAGAUUUCGCUACGUAAUAUUAUGAUAGUAUUUUUUAUUUUAUCGUUUACAUUAAAUUGUAUGUAAAAAUUAAUAUAAUAUUCACCAUUCCCCUCGUCUUUCCGUGUCCGCGUGGCGUUGUCCAUCGUCAAUACCAUAAUGAUAACGUAUUACAUAUUGUACAGCAUGCUCGCUGUAAUCACACGUACAAUGUGAAUACAAAAUAGUAAUAACGAUGUAAUCUUUGUGCUCAUAAUAUUAUAUUUACCAGGGUCUUGUGUACUUCAGGAACAUAUAUAUAUACUUAUAUAUAUUAUCUAGAAAAGUAAAUUUAAUAAUAAUACAAAAAAAAAAAAAUUAUAUAUAAUGUAAACAUUUUCUUUUGCUCAAAAUUAUUAUUAUUAUUUUUUUUUUUUUAAAAGCAAAAAAGAACUAACCCAAUAAGUCCAUUUUUUUUUUUUUGUGGUCUACAUUCCUUAAUUUGUUUAUUAUUGAAAAUAAGAAAAACAACAGUAAUUAUUAUAAAAACAAAAAAACGUCCGGCACAACGUGUAAUAUAUUAUACGGUUCAGAGAACAAACGACAUUAUUACUAUUGUAUUGCAUAUUUUGUUUUAGAUAUUAUUUUUAUUAUAAAGUAUUUCGUGUAAAUAGUAUAUUAUAUUAUUGUUUAUAUUAAACUACACCUUUAUAAAAAAAUAUUUUUUAAACUAUUCAUUAAGUAUUACUAAUUUUGUAGUUAAAUUAUAUUUUUAUUUAUUUUCUAUAGAAAAAAAAAACAAACAUGAAAUUGGUACUCGCAAACAAUAAAUAUAUAUAUAUAUGUUUAAAUUAUAAUAUUUUGCAAUUUUAGUUUUAAGCAUAAUCAGGUGCUGAAUAUUUGUAUAUAACACGCAUUGCAUGUGUCGCGGUAGCACGCCUAGUGCUAUAGGGUUCGCUUCAUCAGAUUGUGUCGUAACGUCAAAGUGCUGCAAGAACUGCACUUUCUAAGACGAACAACACCUUUUUAAAAAAAAAAAAAAAUUGUAUUCUAAGUCUGUCCACCCCAAAUUUAAUGUGUAUACAAAUAAAUAAUAACCACUUGUUUUUUUUUUUAGUUUCACCGAACAAUGUUAUUAUAUUUUGUUACCAGAAUAGUUUUUUUAAUUUGACAGUUGACCACACGUCCUGUGUACCAAUCCGCCAUUACCCAAUCGUAUACGUACUUUUUAUUAGUUAUGAUAUAUUAUAUUUAUACUUGAACUGUUAUAUUUUUCGUCUGUUCCGUUAUUAUAGUAAUAAUUUAUUAUUGUUUUCUUUUUUUUUUUUGUACACAGUGCUCACACUUUUUCACUUACAGACCAUUUUUGUUUUCAACACACGUUCCCUAAACCAAUUAUUGUUGAUUUCCCGAUAUAAACAUUUUUCUUUUUCUUUUGCGUAACCAAUUCGAUGUUGUUUCUCACUUUUACAUAAAUAGUUGCAAUUGUAUUAAAACAUUCCAAAAAAAAAAAACCCAACAAAAACUGAAUCGACAAAUUAACCGAAAAAGACUCCGCUUGGAAA